AUGCUUCAAAUGUACAAUAUCGCGUCUUCAAAAUAUAAUAAUUCUCAGACACUGUUGAAGAAUAAUUGUCUAGCCAAGAGGUCCUCUUAUAAAUGUCCUCCUUUUCUCUCGUUUUCUCACGCAGGAACAUUUUAUAUUCAACUAUAUGGUAUACAAUUUUGCUGCUGCCGAUAUAUUGACCGCAGGGAGCUUAUACCGAAGAGAUCUUUAAGAAGGAAGGUGUAUCCAAAAUUGCACAUGUAUGGGCUUGUGAGUUAUGCGAAGCAAUUGAUACUAUUAAGGUUCAUUGGUCAUAUGAAGUUUGCACACGUCAAACUUGACAUCCUAAAGAUCACAAUGCAUUCUGAAAACGAUACUGUGCAGGUUCGUUGGCGUAUACGUGGUGUCACAGGCUGGAAGGUAUUUUCUAUGUUUUGGAAAUAAAAUUUGGAAAAUACAACAUGCCAUAAUAAGUGCUAACCA